UCAGGAACCGAGAUUUCGGGUUUUUGCAAAACAAUAAACAGGUAGAAAAACGAAACGAACGCCGCCUGGUUUUGAGUCUUUUGACUGACGGAAGGGAGAAAAAGAUGAUUUUUUACGUUGCCCAUCUUUUAAUCUUUAAGGAUCAACUGGGAGACGUCGGUUUAGGAAGGGAUUUGGAGUACGUGGGCUUUCUGUGUUCUCUGAAAGCAUCUUCUUAGCUUCUUAUUCUUAAAAUUGACUACUUGAAGAGGAACCAGGAGUGUCUCUGAGUGCCGGUUCUGUGUUUGUCUCUCUGCCUAUUUUUGUUUUUGUUUUAUUACUUUGUGAUUGCUUUAAUUUGAAGAAAACAGCUUUUCUCUUCUCUGAGAAAUUUGAGGAACUAAUUUAAUAAAUGAAGGAUUUCUCCUUCUCUGUCUGACGUGGUUUGAAAUUGAAUGACAACUUUUGAGGCCCUGUAAUGUAAUGGAAUGGAAGGAAACACCCAAAGCAAAUUUAACAGAAUAUGUGUCUUCUGUGGGAGCAGCUCUGGUAACAGAAAAGCCUUUAGUGAUGCUGCUCUUGAAUUGGGAAUUGAACUGGUGAAGAGGAAGAUAAACUUGGUGUAUGGUGGGGGAAGUAUUGGCUUGAUGGGUUUGAUUUCUCGGAGAGUUUAUGAUGGAGGUUGCCAUGUUCUUGGGGUUAUUCCCACAGCACUCAUGCCUCUUGAGAUAUCUGGCCAAACUGUGGGGGAAGUAAGAAAUGUUUCAGACAUGCACGAGCGUAAAGCCCAGAUGGCCAAACAAUCUGAUGCUUUUAUUGCUCUUCCGGGGGGAUAUGGAACAAUGGAGGAAACGCUAGAGAUGAUAACAUGGUCACAGCUUGGAAUUCAUAAUAAACCAGUUGGUCUGCUAAAUGUUGAUGGGUAUUACAAUUCUUUGCUUGCAUUAUUUGAUAAUGGUGUUGCUGAAGGUUUCAUCAAUCCAGCUGCUCGAGACAUAGUUGUCUCUGCUCCAACAGCGAAAGAACUGAUGCUAAAGAUGGAGCAAUACACUCCAUCCCAUAAACAUAUUGCCCCACAUGAAAGCAGGAAGAUGGAGCAACCGAGCGGUUAUCCAGCGCCACCCAAUCCACCAUGACAUUGUUUUUGGCUGGUGGAAUUUCUACUAUGUCAUCUGGUUCUGAUGUGGUUCUUUCCCACUCCAUUUUAAACCAGAGUUUAUUCAAAUGGGAUUAUUACAACACUCUACUAUUACCUAAAUACACAUAUAUUGAAGUUUUAUGAAAUUCAUCUGUGACCCUUUGCUCUAUUUGUUGCUUGUAAUUGCACUCUUGUACAAAGAAAGGAAUUCAAUUAGUGGGUGUAGUCACUGA